AUGCGUGAGUAUGUGGGCGGAGAAGAGGGGCUGUUGUGGCAGGGGCUCUCAGAUGACUAUGGGGCGCAUGUAUGGCAGCAUGAUCCAUUCCGAGCUGCCAACCUGCUCAUCGCAAUCUCCCUGCUGGCUGAUCUUCCACUCCACCUGCGCUCGGACCCAACGGCAAUCUCCAGACACUUAACAUAUGUCAUUGGUGAACGAGUGUGCUAUGGGAAGUGGGGUGAGGGCAACUAUGUCACUGGACAGCCCUCCAAUGGUUAUCGUUGCCGCACAAAAAGGUACCUGCAAAGGAAGGGCAGGGCACAUGAGUGGGCUCAGCGCUGUUCUGAUCCCUCCACGUGGACAUCAUCUUCACCUCUCCUGGAGCAGCACUGGGGCCUUGUGCAGUCUGGGUCUAAGGCAACAGCAGUGCAGUACUGCCAGUGCUUUGUCUUCUCUGGGGUAACUACUACAAUUGGAAGGGCGCUUGGCAUUGCAACGCGGUCCGUCACAAAUUUCCAGUCCGCCCAUGACACCAACGCAGACCGCGGCAUAUCAAAGUUUUUCUUUGCUUCUGCAGAUGGAGCUUGGAGCCCAGCAGAUUACCCAGAAGACCUGUGCCCUAACUGGUGCACUUCCCCAGGCCCUGCAGCCCAGAGAGGCUGUCAACUCUCCGCUUGUAAGCGCCAGCUGUCCACGGGGCGUGGCUUCGCAGGGAUAUGUGCGCCGUGCAUGCCCUGCAUGCCAUGCAGCAGCAACACGGACAGCGUUUGGUCCUUCCAUGUCUGGAAUGAGAUGUUUUUUGACAGGAACGGCACGGGUGCAGAUGGCUGGCAGGCGGUGGAUGCCACGCCCCAGGAAGAAUCCGCUGGGCGUUUCCAGAUGGGUCCUGCUUCUGUCAAUCAGGUGAAGCAAGGCGCCAGCGAUUGCUAUGAUACGGACUUCGUCAUCGGGGAAGUCAACGGAGAUGUCAAGCUCUUUGUCUACAGUGUUCCCGACUUCAGCGAGGAUGCAAAAGAUGAGGCAGCUGCAAAAGGUACCUUCGUUCUGCAUGAUGGAGACCCACUGUAUGCCGGAAUCCGGUGGUACCAUGAUCCCUUUGGGGAUGUCUUCAACGCCAUUGGCUUCAAGGCUGUAAGCAAAAAGCCAGGUCCCAUCUCUGCAGACUGCCGGAAGGACUACAUGCGGUGUCGGGACGAGGAGUUGGACCUGACUGGCUUCUAUAAAAAAUGCCCGGACCCCCACAACCGGGCUGCCGACUGCCAGGCCGGUCCUGCACAGGCAAAAGCACACUGCCUCGAACCCGGAGCCAGCUCUUUCAUGGAAGGCAACAUGACCAUGAUGUCCCGGGAUGAUGCAAUGGGGCGGUCAGAGGGAAGGCUCUUGCACGAGCUGUCGCGGGUUCAGGAUGUGGAAGUCAACUUCAGCAGCUUCCUCCCUGUCGGUAGCAUUGUGAUCGAGAAGGAGUUGCCCUUGAAGGUCUCCUUCCACAAUCUUGGGAGCGAGACGCGGACCAUCCGAUUGCUCGUCACGGCCACUGGAUGCGACUACCGAGGCCGGCCAGUGGUGCACAUUCAGACCCGUCGCAAGAAGUAUGCCAUGCAGCUUCCGCUGGAUGGCUCUGAAACCCAGAUUCUUCGUCAGCUGAAGUUGGGACCGGGAGAAGAGUAUGUGUUCCAGCACACGGUCCAUGCGGCAAAUCUCGAUGCCGAUAUGCUGAGUAGCUUGGAGGUAAAUGCGGCUGAGGGCACCUUCUUCCUUCAGUUUCACAUCAAUGCCUACGUGGUUGAGACAGGUCAGCGGUUUGCUCAUGAGCCGCGGAGGCGCUUGGUAGAGGUGCCGACAACAUUCAAUGAGAUGUUCCUGUUCAAUGCUGCGGUUAUGGGCUUCGGCCAAAGCACCUGGAUGCACCUUGUGCUUGAUCAGUUUGAUGACAUCGUCAGCAAUGUGGCGAACUCCUACCGCCUCCAAGAGGAGUGCGAUGUGCUAUCGCUGGUACUUGCCCAGCACCCUGGCUCCAUCCGCUUGUCAGAGUUCAAAGCCGUGAUGCUUGCAUCACUGCGGUCUCUUGUGCCCAAGGAGUGGGAUUCCAACCACGAGGUGGCUUGGAACUGGCUUUGGGAGAACGUUGAGCGAAUGCUCCGAUCCCACAUGGGCAAGCCGCAGGCUCACGAGGAAGCCCUGGGUCGAUUCAUCCUCAGCCUGUCCGAGUCCUCCAUCCUCUUCCUGCGUCAGGAGCUGUAUCGGCAGUUCUUUGCAGUGGCUCCAGCAGGGCAGGACUAUUUCAAACAGUCCACCACAAGGCUGUACUUCAUUGCCGACAAGAUCAUUGAGAUGACGAUCGAAAUUUUCAGGUCCCCCCGGCAGAUGGUUGUUGACAUAUCGGCGUUGGGCCUUCGCCACGUUGGCUACGAGGUGCCCACCGAGCUUUUCGCGCCCUUUGUCUCUGCUGCAGUGGAUGUGGUCCGUGGGAUGACCUCAGAUGACGUUGCUGAGGCUGCCUUCCGUUGGUCUUUGACCCUGGUCUCCAAGAUACUGGUGAGGACCGUGCUGGAAGGCUCAACGAUUGUCAUGAAGGCCAUCAACACCAAUCAGGAGAAGGCGCUGAGGAAGGCUAUCGCUGUGGCGCCGCGAGGUCGUCGAGCCACCGAGCUCCUGGAGAUUCGGGUGGGUACCCAGUCGAUUUCGCCUCUCUUCUGGGCAAUUGAGAGUGGAAGCCUGAACUGUGGCAAGGCGAUGAUCCAAGACUUACUCACGAUCCGUGCGGACCGAGACAACUAUUACUAUGGCUGCGACGAUCUUUUUACUCGUCAUCCGAAUAUUAUUCAGAAGCUUUGUGCUGAGUCGCCAACGAUGUUGAAACCUCUUCUGGAUGGCUUAGUCUGGCGGUCACGCAUCACCUUUCAAGGCAAGCGGCGCGUCAACUAUUACCUCAAGCACCUGGUGCAGAACCAGGAGGGCAAAUUCAACCAGGCCUUGGAGUGGCUCUGUGACUUCAAGGACCCGAAGAUCAUAAGCCAUUCAGUUGUGGCGCUCUUCGCGGACAUUGUCUGGAAUCGCCUGGCGAUGUAUUACUUCCUGCUCACGAGACUUUACUUCCUGCUGACACUCUGUGUCUUUGCUACCAGUCAAGCCUUGCUUGGCAGUCGGCAGGCAGCGUCGCUGACUGAGGAGGAGUUGUUCUCCAUAUGCCGCGGACGUUGUGAUGACAACGACGCUUCCUGCCAUCUGCAGGAAAACAUUGCGAUCUUUGCGUGGGAGACGCGACUCUUCGUGAACGAUUGGCGGCAUGGAGCUAUGGAGAGGCUUUUCAGCAAGAUACCCAUUCCGGAGUUCCUAUGCAGUGGCCAAGAGCUUGGCAACAUGCUGCUUCUGUGGAUGCUGAUCUUCAUGUGCAUCCAGGAGCCCAUAUGGUGGUGCAUUCCCGAUACAUACGGUGACUUUCCUGGGGCCGGCCUUUUCACCAGCAGCUGUCCGGCAGGCGAGCAACACAGAGAAGCCUACGCCGCGUUCUCUUGUGCUGCCAUGCUGCUCUACUGCCUCUUGAUUUUGGAUCUCAGCAUUGUUUCCAUGCGAAUCUCUGCCUUCGUCCUGGUGUGCGGCCGGGUCAUUGUGGAAGUGGGGCUGUUCUUGAUGGCGGCCGCCUUCCUGAUCCUGUCCUUUGCCUUGGGAAUUAGCACGCUCGAUCGGCAGAGCCCGAGUUUUGAGGGCACGGCACCCAGCAUUGGCAAUGCUGCCUUCUCGCUGUUCGCCAUGACUCUGGGGCUUUAUCCGAGCGACAAUCUCAGCGAGCUCAAGGACUACGUGGGCGUGCUGAUCACGGUGUCCAUUUUCACUAUUCUGAUAGCCGUCUUCCUGUUGAAUCUGCUGAUCGCGCAGCUGAACCAGGCAUAUCAGAUCAUUUUCCCAGACAUGCAGGGAUAUGCACGCCUGAAUCGAGCUUCAGUGAUUGUGUCCACAGUCGAUCAGGUGUCACAGAAAAGAUGGUCCCGCUUCCUCCAGAGCUUGAACUUGGACGAGCGCCUAGAGUUCAACGAAGGCGAUGUGGGCCUUGCAGGCCGGGGGAUCAAGGGCUUCGGGGUGGACUCCAUCCGGCGCUUCGGUGGCUCCACGUCAACGACCAUGCCUUGGCCAGAGGAUGAGAGGCAGUACAGCGACGAGGACCGCUUUGAACGCCUGGAGAAGCUGAUGAUCCGGGCCACAAAGGGCUCGAGGAAGAAGGGCCAUCGCACGAGUGGUCUCAGCAGCGGGGGUGCCACUUCCAACAGUAGUGGAGGCACCAUGUUGCAAUCCAUCUUGCAUGCCUUCUCCAACCCCACAGCAGUUGCACCAAAGAAUGGAUCUCGGUUCUGCUUGGAUACGUACCCAGCUGUAUACAUGGCUGUUUAUGGGUUUUGCCAUGAUGAUGAGACAUAUCCCCAGCUGGAACGACAGCCGCCGCAAUCUACUAAGGUAGGGUUUAGGGUUUGA